UGUGAGAGCAUCUUGACAAGCAUAUAUGGCAACAUAACAAAUAAAAGCUGCACAGGCAGAGCGGCUCACAGCGGCUCAGUGCACUUAGAUCAGGAUCUGAAGAAUGCCUCAUCCUGACAGCGUGCACUGCCCGCUCCUCUCUGCCCCAUGUGCAGCGCUUAGAGCCUGAGAAGUACAACCCCACAUCACAUGACCCAAGGCGUCCAGCGUGAGCCCACCAGGUUCAGGAGCAUUAUGAGGGCCGAACUACGAAACUAGAUCAAAGCGCCAAGCACACAUCUACUGUCUGUGGAGUGCACCAAGUUCAAGGCCGGACCAAUGGAAACCCAAUGGAAGACUUAAAGACCCACCUAGAGAACCCCAGUAAAUACCACCUCCAGCAGGCUCAGAGGCAGCAGGUACGGCAGUACUUGUCCACUACACUGGGGGGUAAGACAGGCAGCCAGUGUCCCAGCCAGCCCCCAGAACACGGCAUGCCCCCCGGUCCAGGCAGCAGCGCCCCCAACAGCCCCAUGGCCCUGCUCACACUGGGCUCCAACUGUGAAAAAGAGAUGGACGAUGUCAUUGACGAUAUUAUCAGUCUUGAGUCGAGUUACAGUGAGGAAGUUCUAGGACUCAUGGAUGCUGGAAUACAGAUGAACAAUGGGCUUCAGGUUUCAAAUAAUAUCCUUGAUGUGUAUGGAAACCAAGGACUCCCUCUGACAGGCCUUGGUAUCAGUAACUCCUGCCCACCCAACCUCAAAAGGGAAUACACAGCUCCUGGCAUGAAGCAAGUUCUGGACAAGACUGGAUCCUGUGGCCACUAUGAAAACUAUCAAAGGCCAGAGGGUUUUCCAGUAGAAGCUGAAGUCCGCGCUCUGGCUAAAGAAAGACAGAAGAAAGACAACCACAAUUUAAUCGAAAGAAGACGAAGAUUUAACAUUAAUGAUCGCAUCAAAGAAUUGGGCACGUUGAUACCGAAGUCCAAUGAUCCGGACAUGCGCUGGAAUAAGGGCACCAUUCUUAAAGCAUCCGUAGACUACAUCCGAAAACUACAGCGAGAUCAGCAGAGGGCCAAGGAGCUGGAGUGUCGGCAGAGGAAGAUGGAGCACACUAACCGCCACCUCCUGCUCAGAAUACAGGAGCUGGAGAUCCAAGCACGCGCCCACGGCCUCACUCUCGUCCCCACUCCCUCUGUGUGCACCUCUGAGCUGGUGGCCCGGGCCAUCAAACAGGAGCCGAUGCUGGGAGACUGCCCCUCUGACCUGUACCACCACUCCUCCAGCCCGGACAUGUCCCCACCCACCACGCUGGACCUCAACAACGGCACCAUUUCCUUUGACCACGCCCCCUCAGACGCAGGAGAGAGCAGCGAGUACAGGAGCCCGCGCAGCUGUAAACGAAAGGAGCACGGCCUGGCACCGGCGUCACCCCGCACCCCCCUCAUGUCCCCCAUGUCCCCCAAGCACAACCAGCACGGCUCCACUGCAGAAGAACAUGACCACAGCUGUUAGCCACCACAGACUCAGUGACAGAGUGACUGCAGCAUACACGCACACCAUUUGCUGGAGAAUGAAGUCGAUACUUUGCAGUGACUUCACGUUGGGGGUGUUCUACAUGUGUUUCUAUUGGUGAAAUAUUCAACAGUUACCAUGGUGACACAAUGCACACAUUAGCAAAAAAUUACAAGAUUGAUUUAACAGUACAUUUUCAUGAGCCUGUGAUAAAUAUGAGCAUUUAUGGUCCUGUUGUGUUUGUUUUUCAGCCAAAACGGUGAGAGUGACAAACUAAAAAUGUUAGUUGGCUGUUGCUUACUAGCGUAAGGCUGUGAUGUUAUUUGAGAGGGACUUGUUUAACAGUACACAUCAGAUCAGCUGUUCUAGUUCUAGCCAAAUCAGUUCUUUAUGGUCAGACUGUGUUAAAAUAAAGCUCAAAUUUAAGGCUAACAAUCCUCUGACAGAGCAGUGCUACAGUGAGCAUCACCCCCCCUUUGAAUGUUGAUGGCAUCAGCUGUGAAGUAUCAGUGAGCUCAAAUAUUAUGAUUUGAAUAUUGUGAUAUGAUAUGUGGAUAGUUUUCUCAAAAUAUGACUUCAUGUAAUGGCUGGGUUUAUCAAGUUGCCUACUUUAAACACAACAUGAAUUUGAGGAUGUGUUUAUGAAGAAUAAGGUGACUUGGGUCAAAUGAAACUCACAUCAUAACACACACAAAACUGUUUGGGAUGGUGGGAUGUUUUUGAGAACCACUAUUGUUUAGAGCAUAUCUACUACACAUUUAUUUAUUCUGGUAUAUAUUCUACUCAUUUUUGUACCAUUUUGUUAUUUAUAUCUUUGUAUACUUGAAUGCAUUUGUGUCCACUUUUUCAUUACAGACACAUGUUUCAUAGUAGAGUGGUGUUGAAGUUCUUAGUACUUCUAUGCAUUGUCUGGUGUAUAAUGUUAAUCAUAUAAAUAUGCGUAUAAUAUUUUGUGUUUUGAAUCUUUUUGUAAAAUGUUUAAAAAGUGAAUCCACGUCUGUAAUGUAUGAAAUAUAAAAUUCAAUAUAAUAAUCAGUCCUUGUGUCUGAUAAACAUUUAUUGAUGCAGAAGCAUUAUUUGUUGCAUAUACUGUAUAAAUACCACCAUUAUUUUUAGUACUGAUUUAUCACUGACAUAGCUUUCAAUACUGUAGA